AUGGAAAACAAAACGUGGCCACUUUUUCUGUCGCACUGGACCCUCUUCCGCCGCAGACUCCGAGUAGAACUGUUGUGUAGUCGUAGCAGAGCGUUGUCCGCUAUAGCCAGCGAUGGUGCUCGCAAUUUGCACCUGGCUCCGCAAUCAAUGAACGCAACCACCACUACAAUGUCUACAAUGAUAUCGCGAUUGCCGGAGCCCCUCACUAUCGUGCAGGAGAUACCAACAGCUCCCCAGAUGACCUGCACGGAGGCCACCAGUUCCACCAGUCCGUUAGGCCGCUUACGUAGCGCCAUGAGGAAUAUCAGUUACACACAGAUGAACGCAUUCUUUGAUGCUUUCCUGGUGUUUUACAGUGAUGAACAUCUGAGUGAGGAACCUUCGGCGGAGGAACGUCGUCUAGAGUACAUCAGCGGUUGGGAGGGCGUUGGUACUGCAGCGGUGGUAUCCGAUGGCGGCGCCGCCCUCUGGGUGCCAAGUAGCGACGUGAGGCGUGCUCGGGCCGCGGUGUCCUGCGCCUGGCUCGUGCUAGAUGAGAAUGACCCUAGCCAGCCAACGAUCGCCGAGUGGAUAGCGGAGCGUCCGGGGCGCAACGGACGCGUAGGCGGCGACGCUAGGCUGACCUCCGUGGGCGAGUGGCAGAGCCUCGUCACCAACCUGCAGCGUGAGGGCAUGCAGCUCAUACACGUGCCGACCCUGCUCGAUCAGCUGUGGAGCGAGGAGCCCAACCCGGCGCUGCGACGACCGGAGUUCUCAAGGAUCGUCGCCAAUCUGCAUCACUUGGAGUACACCGGAAUGACAUGGCGUGACAAGGUAGUGGUUAUACGCAACGAGCUACGACAAAUAGGGGCAGACGCGAUGGUUGUCACAGCACUGGACGAGGUGGCCUGGCUGCUCAACGUGCGGGGCCGUGACGUGCCCUAUGCUCCGCUCCUGAAGGCAUUCGUCAUAAUCAGCAUGAAGGACGUGCGCGUGUACGCGCCGCCCGGGAAACUCUCCAUGCCUGUUCGCGAGGCGCUGGCGGUGUACAAUUGCUACGCGUCUGUUAAUAAUUGUACAAGGGUCAAUGAAUACACGACCAUAUAUUCGGACCUCCGACGGGCUAGUGAAACAAAGAUCCUGAUCCCUACCGGUGGCACCUUCCAACGAGGAGCGUCGGCGGCUAUCGCGCAAAGUGUCCCACAGUCCAAAAGACUGUUUCAGCCAUCUCCUAUCAUCUAUUUGAAGGCGCAGAAAAACGAGGCCGAGAUAAAGGGGAUGAGGAAAGCGCAUUUGCGUGACGCUGUCGCAAUGUGCACGGUUUUAAGUUACAUUGAGGGAAUGGGCAAAGCCGGUCUGAACGAGUUGUCAGUGGCGAUGAAAGUGGACGUGACCCGUGCCACGCAGGCGGGCUACGUGGGCAUGUCCAUGCGGACUCGCGUUGCUUUCGGUCCCAACGCGGCCGAGCCGGACUACCGGGCCAGCAACGCGACCAACCGGCGCGUUUUCACCAACUCCACGCUCGUCAUACAGUCGGGGGGACAGUAUGACGAAGGCACAACGGUGGUGACGCGCACGGUGCACUACGGGGUGCCGUCGCGCGAGGUGCGGCGCGCGUACACGACGGCGCUGCGGGCGCUGGGCGCGCUGGGCGCGCUGCAGACGCCGGCCACGCUGCCCGCGCCGCACGCCGACCCGGUGGCGCGCGCGCCGCUGUGGGCCGCGCGCCGCGACUACCCCGCGCCCACCGGACACGGCGUCGGCGCCGCGCUCAACCGCCGCGAAGAUCCGGUAGUUAUAGACUACAGGCAAGAUACCAAUUUACAUACUUUUAGAGAGGGGUACUUCGUUACAAGCGAACCAGCAUGGUACGAACCUAAGAAAUUUGGUAUAAAGUUGGGCAACGUUCUGGAGGUAGUCGCUCUGUCGAACGGAUAUUUAGGCUUUCGCGAGGCGACACUGUUACCUUAUGAGCCCAAGCUUAUCGAUCGGAAUUUGCUAACCGAUUACGAGAUAAACUGGUUGAACGCGUACAACGAGAGAAUAAGGAAAACUGUGGGCCCUGAACUGAAUGACCAAGGACUCACCGACGUCUAUUACUGGAUGAUGAACAAGACUAUAUACAUCGAACCCCCGUCUAAAGCCAAGAAACACACCAGUUCAGCCGAAGCAAAUUACCAUGGACGAGGAAUUUUGACUAUUUUCUACAGUCUUAUACUCACAAAAACUUUGUUGUAA